CCAUACAUCUUAAGCCUACAAUGUUGACUCCUCAAAGGAGGGGCUGGGUCUGUCCUGCUCCCCAUGGGAACCUCAGCAUCCAGAACAGCACCCAUCUCCACGUGUCCCUGCGCCUGGUGGCAGCCAUAUGGAAUGGGAGUACCAGGAGCAUCCAUGGCCUGGGUGGGGCAGUGGCCCCAGAGGGCAAUCAGAAGAAGACACUGCUCCAGUUCUUGGCUGAUUACUUCUAUGAUGUGCAGUUUCUGAGGGAGUACAUGCUCCAAAAUCAGAUGUUGAAAGUGCGCAAGAAAAAUCGAUCCCUCGCCCACAUUUUGGAGACUUAUGGCCCAUACGUCACAGGUGCCUUUUUCAUCCUGAAUCUGGGAGGUGCGGUCAGGUUUCAGAACAAAGAAUGGAUCAGGCCAAAUGAGCGUGGCCAUUUCUCUCUUGAGUUCUUGAAGUUUCAGGAGGUACCGAUAGAGGCUGUGGAUGCCAGUGGUUGUGACAUCAACUACGAGGGCCUGGAUAACCUCUUGUCCCUGAAGGAGCUCCAGUCUUUGUCGCUGCAGCGCUGCCCCCAUGUGGACGACUGGUGUCUCAACCACCUCUACCCUCUGGCCAACUCCUUGCAGGAACUGUCACUGGCCGGUUGCCCACGAAUCUCUGAGCGGGGCCUUGCGUCCCUCCACCACCUCCAGAACCUCCGAAGGCUGGACAUCUCAGAUCUCCCUGCUGUGUCCAACCCAGGCCUCACUCAGAUCUUGGUGGAGGAGAUGCUACCCAACUGCAAGGUCGUGGGGGCUGACUGGGCACAGAGCCUAAAGUUGGAGCCAGAGGAUCAGCCUCAGGACAGAGCCAACCCAGUCCCCACCUAGCUUUCAGCACCCACCCCCAACUCCAGUAGGAUCUCAGUGGAAUGGCUGAAAGCUCACAACACUCCUAGCUUCCAGUUGGGAGUCGGGGUAUGGCACUCACAGAUCAGAGGGAAGGAAAGCAUGAAGUAGAGUAUGUAUUCCUGGCUGUUCUUGGCUAAAGGUCACAGCAUGACACAAUGACAGCAGCCCAUCCCACAUACCUCUCCUUCCCUGCCUCUUCAGACCUGGGGAGGCUUGGCUUGGCUAUAAGGAGCCCCAGGGAGCUGCACUCAUCUUCAUGGUUUCCCCACAUCUGGCCCACACCUUGUCAAAAAGACUCUUCGCAAAUUGUCCUCAUUUGAGUAUACAAACAUUUCUUUCAGAGACCCUGACUGAUGGGGCGGUGUGGGUGGGGGGUGUCUGCUACUGUCACUUCACAGGGAUGGCUCUUCCCUGUGAGACUGUUCUGCUCACUGUACAAUGCACAGCAUCCUUGGCCCACACUUACUAAAGGCCCAAGUCCCACAGUGUUGCCCAUUAUUGAUUCAGUGACCUUCAGCUCCCAAUUCAACAUGUUUGUCCGCUCUGUGAAAAUGGAUCUGAGCCUUGGACAUAUUUUCUCUUUGCUAACGUGGCAGGCUUUGUCAGUAGAGGGCGUGUGAGAGAUACUAUAGGAGGAAAGGAAUUUUCUUCCUGGUUCCUGUUGAGUGUGCUCCAGUGUCUGGGUCCUAUAGCACGUGGCUUCCCCUGACACCCAGCUCCUGAAGUGCCAGAUGGCCAGUAGCUGCCCCAGACACACUCCACCCCCAGUGUUUCCGCAGUGGGUACAGUGCCUCCACUGAAGCACCUUUCUAUGAGUAACUGUCCCCAGCACACCAGAUGGAUUUCCAGUCGAUUCAGAGGCAUUUUUACCAAUAAAUCCCUCAUUAUUCCCAGAUACUAUUAAUGUUUAAUGAUUUAUAUUAAACUUCUCCUGUUCAAGUUACUGUGUAGUUUUUCUCCCAAUUGGACCCAGAUAGAUACAGAAUUGGUACCUGGAGUGUUUCAGGUGAUGGACUCAUAAGAUAGUAUUCAAGGUAGGUUUGAUUGUGCCUCUGGGCUUGAGCAGUGCUGAGCUCUUGCUGUUGGGAAAGAGGGUGCUAGAAACCCACGGCAAUCCAUCACAAUCCAGCUACCACCUGUGGCUGACCACAGUAAGGGGCCAGCUGAAGCCCUUGUAGCUACUGUGUAUGAUAGCUGUAGCAUUGGUAACAGUUCUAAAGACCAGGGUGUCAGACGGAACUCUGGAGUGCCCUUGAGUGUUUACAAAUAGAGAGUGUCAAAGUUGGGUCUGUUAGCCCUACUAUGAAGCUAAAUUAUAGCUUUCACAUGAAGGCUAUAACCCAACUAUAGCACAAGACUAUGAGGAAAGGGCCAAGGAAGGGCAAGGGGGGUGUUAGGGUGGAGGGAGGGUAAUGGGUGGGGCCACACCUAUGGUGCAUCUUAGAAGGAGUACGGGCGAAACUUACUAAAGGCAGAAUACGAAUGUCUACAUACAAUAACUAAGAAAAUGCCAUGAAGGCUACGUUGAACAGUUUGAUGAGAAUAUUUCAGAUUGUAUGUGAAACUAGCACAUGGUACCCCUUGAUUGCACUAAUGUACACAGCUAUGAUUUAACAAUUAAAAAAAAAAAAAAAAAGUUGGGUCUGUUAACUUAGCUCUGGGAACUAGAGAGCUUCCAUGACAGGCCCAAAAGUUUACAUCUUUGGAAGGGCGUCAUCUGGCUGGACCCAAAGUAGACAGGCAAUCUUGAAAAUUAAGUCACCCUGAGCUUCCCUUACCAGUGUACGAGGCACCAGCCUUCCUGUGCGAGACUUCGUGAUGACCUCACCAUGGGGCAGAUUUCUUGAAAGAGGGUAUCCGUCCUUAAGAUUCACCACAAGUGCCCUCUGCUAUCACUAGACCCAUAUAUACCUAGGAUCAAUCUCAGCUUGCAACAGGGGUACAGGUACCCACUAGGACUCAGGAAGGAGCAGCUUAUACACUAAAAGAACAAGACUUUCAAAUAUAUGUAUGGUCAGAAACCUGGGGAAUGUGUGCAGAGGGGAUCUUAGGUUCUUAGGCCAGUAAGGGUGGAUAUAACACUAGCCCAGGCCUAAUUUACUGGCAUAAGUGCGCUCACUAGAUUUAGUGGGUUACCUUGUAUAGCUGGAAGUGGUUCUAAUAGCUUGCUUGGUUGGCUAACCAGAACUUGGACCUAAGAGUAGCCCUGCAGUUAAUGAGACUGAGAGACCAGAACUGCCCUAAUGUAACAUGGAUGAGGGGAAUCCAAAGGCUGAGGGAAACAGAAAUGUUGGAUUUGCCCUGCAUACCCACCCCCCAAUUACGUUCCCUAGGAUAGCACCUCUUGCCAGCCAAUCCCUCAUUACAUCAAUUCCAUCCAUGUUAUAGUUCAUCAUUCUAUAUGCUGAACUUUCCCCUGUUCCAACUGCUGUGUAGUUUCUCUCCUGAUUGGACCCAGACCGAUGCACAAAGGAAAAAGAACUACACACCCCGAGACUUCCCAACAUCCCCAGGAGACAAUGCUGCCACUGGUCAAGGACCUCUGUACCCCUGGGAGAAGCUAGAUGAGCCAGGAGAGCUGGGGGGUGGAGGGGUGGACUCCCUCCCAGCUCUAGAUCAGGUGGGCCUGCACACUCUAAGCACUCAGUCCCCUGCCCCCAGCCCGACUGUCAUUUCCCACACUAGCUUUUAGGCCAGCAGUUCUCAACCUGUGGGGUCGUGACCCUUUGUAACAAUGAAAAUACAUCCUGCAUAUCAGAUAUUUAUAUUAGGAUUCAUAACAGUAACAAAAUUACAGUUAUGAAGUAGCAACGUAAAUAAUUUUAUGGUCGGGAGUCACCACAACAUGAGGAACUGUAUUAAAGGGUUGUGGCAUUAGGAAGGUUGAGAACCACUGUUUUAGGCAAUUAGUAUUCACCACUUCCUCCCCAUUCUCCUCCAGCUGUUCCUGUGGGCUUCAUUAUUCAAACUUGGGGGGAGGAAAUCAGGCUGGGACAGAUAAAAAACUGCCGCUGACAGAGUGGGUACCUACGAUGAAGAGUCCCUCCACAAACCAGGGUGGAGUGACGGCCUAGGCUUAGUGGGGGUCCUUCAUAUCCCACCCCAGGUCCUGGGAGUUUCCCAGACACCUGACGCAGCCCCAGUGGCAGAGGUCUCUGGGGCUGGGGACGGGUUAAUGUAAACACAGGCAGACACCCUCUCCUGCCCCUGGGGUGCCGGAUGUGAGUGUUCCUGGAGUCACGGUACUGCUUGGGGAGGGGCAGAGCCCCAGGGCAGGCUGGCUUCAGGGCUGGAGGUGGGGAGAUUCCCACCCCAUUGGGCUGAAAGCCCAGGCUCGAAGGGGAUGGAGUUCCACCCUCUGCCCUCCACCUGCCUCUCUAAAUCUUUCCCUGAGCACCCGAGAGGCUUCCUGGCCACUCUCUCUCUUUCUAGAUUUCUCCAUCUUCCUCCUCUCCCUUCAGCUCUCUCCAUCCCCUUGCUCUCUCCUCUCUCUGCUGCCUGCACUCUGAGGUCUCCCUGCCUGUCUUCCCUCUCCACAAUGUCUCUGGCUCUCUCCUACUCCUCACGAGCCCCUUUCUCCACUCCCCUACCCUGACGCCUGGCUGCAAAAACAAACAUCCCUAUCACAGGCGGGCCAUCCAUCCCCACUCAGCACAUUCACUGCCACCACCCACCACGGCCUCCUUGCCACGGGCCCAAUGCCAGCCUCUGGUCAC